UCAGACGACAGCAUCGACCCUGUGGCUGCGUUUCUAUAUGACUUAAUAUUCGUGCGCAUCCGCGUUUCACUAGAUAUAGCUGGAUAUACUUGGUGGUGCAUCGAUCUAUAUACUUAGGCUGACUUAGGUUAGGACAAGCCAGUGCGAAGUCGUUUCGACUGGCUUUUUUUUUAAUGAAUUUCCACCUACCGAAGAUCGUGCUUCGCCGUCACACGAGGAAGAAUCGUUCGCAGUUGAUACAUACGCGAGAAGAGAGCAUUUUGCAUACUGCAGUGAUGUGCUUCCACUUACGAGAUACGAUUGCUUUAUGGUGAUAAUAUGUCAAAAUCAAACAUAAGGAAAAUAACGGUUGACCCUACGAAAUGUAAUACAGACUCUCGGCGACCGAGUGUAUUCGAAAGGUUGGGAACUAAACCGGCGUCCACUAUCACUAGCCAAAAUACGUCAGAUUAUUGCAGAAACUGGGCAUUAAAUGGUAGCUGUUCAUAUGGGAAAAACUGCAAGUAUGCAAAUACUCACACUUUAAUUAGUCCAUCAAAACGUGUGAAAAAGGAUAAUGCUCCUACAAAUGCAACGGUGCAGAACGAGGAUCCGUUUAAACGACUCACGUCUAAAAUCGUGAAGAAGACAUCACACAGUCCAGAUUUAAACUUAGAGGAGUGGAAUCAGACAGACCUUGAGUACGAAGACGAGAAGGUACUGGAAAGGCGUCGGCAGCUCUUACAACGGGAGCUUGAGCUACAAAUGAAGAAAGAUAAGGAGGUUCAUGGAAAGGAAAAACUGAAACACAAAAAAAAGGUGAUGAGCUCUUCUUCGAGCUCUCGCAGUUCCAGUACAUCAAGCACAAGCAGUAGUUCUACCAGUGAUGAUUCUUCAUCUAGUACAACAUCUGAUUCUCGUAAAAAAAUUAAGAAGGUUAAACCAAAACAGCAUCAAAGUGCAUCAUCAGAUUAUGACGAUGAUAAGGAGAAAAAGAAAAAGCUAAAAUUAAAGAGAUUAGGAACAAAAAAUGAAAAACCUGUUCCUAAAAAAAAACGGAAACUUGAAACAACAGGAAAAAAAGAAACUCCCCCAAUAAAACCAAACAAAAAAGUUAACGCUUUGACAUCCUCCAAGAAGUAUUCGUCUAUUAGAAGCAAAUCUCCCAUCCAACCGGUAUCGCAUGUAUCAUCCAAGUCAAGAAAUAGCAAGGAGCGGAAUAGAAGUGAUUCUCCUAAAGCAAAAAUUAGAGAAGUCAAGGAUAUUAGAGAAACUAGAGAAACCAGGGAAAUGAGGGAAACCAGAGAAACUAGAGAAGCGAGAGAACUAAGAGAAGCCAGAGAAACCAGAGAACCAAGAGAUGCUAGGGAGGCUAGAGAAACCCGAGAGGCAAGAGAAAUGAGAGAAAAUCGAGAAAUGAGAGAAUUGGAUAAAGAAAAACACCACAAAAAGACACGCGACAUCGAGGAGAUAACGCCAAAAGAAAUCAUGAAAACCAAGCCACCUGAGAAAGUAAAAGAAGUUGAUAAAGGUAAAAUUCGUGCAACAGAAGACAAAAAUAGCAAAAAUGAGGAUAGAUCGAAACAACGAUCUUUGAAGGAGAAAGAGAAACGAUCUGGCACCCCUCCUCUGGAUCGAUCGAAGCACCAACACUUAAAAGAGAGUACAGUGAUAAAAUCCAAGAGAAGUCGGACGCCAGAAAAAUCCUCUAGAUCCAAGCGCGACCUGACGCCUCCUCGGCACCAAGAUAAAUCAUCGUCCUCCAACAGAAUCAGAGACACGGAUAAAAAGGAUCGGGAUGCCCAUAAACGAGACCGAAGUAAGGAAAGAGAGGAAGGUAGAAAAACGGAUCAGAAUAAAUCAAGGACAUCGAAUCAGGAUGACGGUCACCGCAAAAAUAUAACAAAAGAUGCCGAUGACAAGAACUACGGCACUGAGAGGGGUAACGAUAGAAGUAGACAGAGAAGCAGAGAGCGUCGCGAUAACAAGGAGCACAACACCAGGGAGAAUCGAAGUCACUCGAGAGUCGAGAGAGAUCAACGAGAAUCACAGCGGGACAAGGACAGAGAUGAUACUCAGGAUCGUUGUCGAGAGAGGCAGCGAGAACGAGACCGGGAUAAAGACCCCAUUAAGAUAAGAGAAAGAGACAUCCCUCCGCUAAUGGCAACCGCUGCUGCGAACCCCUUGGAGAAGAACUCUAGGUACCGCGACAAAGACAGGUUGAAAGAUGGAUCCGAGAAAGAGAGGGAGGCAAGGGAUCGACGUAGCGAAAGGGAUAGAGACCGAGGUGAAACGAAACCUUUGGAACGUGACCGAAGCUCUCAACGUUUCGAUGCUAGGUACGAGAGAAACCUAGACAAGGACUCGUCGCACAAAUCUAUGGAUCGAGACCGGGGAGAGCGUUUCCCCAGAGAACGAUCUUUGGAUAGAAUAGUGGACAAGAAUGUUCCAGCUUCGCGGGAUCAUUUGCUCGAUAGGGAAACGAUAUUUGAGCGCGACAGGCAUAGAUACGGUACCAGAUUCGAAAGAGGCCAUGCCGCGGACCACGAAAGAAAGGAACCGCAUGUACCAACUAUCAAGGUUGACCGCCUUUCGGACAGGAGAGAUAGUCCACGACGUAACGUAGAAGUGGACAGAAACUUCGACCGAGGUUUCCACCCACGCCAUACGCCAGAACACUGGGUGGAUCAAAAAGAUCAACCCUCUCAUCUGGAAUACAGGGAUCACCAUGGACACGAGGACGAUAGGCGGAAACCGGUCGAAUCGAGAAGAUACAACAGUCCUUUUGAGGAGAGACGCGGAAGAGAUGACAGAACGCAAUCUCGUUACGGAGUACCAGCCGACCGUCCUUUUGACGAUCUUCAUCAUCCUCUCUAUGGAGCCGACAAGUUAAGAACCGGAACACUUAGAGACGAAGGCAAUCCCGAUAGUUGGGAUAUUCAUCACGAAUUGGAACACGCGGGUCGUGAUCGAGGAUUCCCGCCUUCGGACUGGGAAGAAAGGGAAUGGCGAGCGAGACAUGCUUUGUGGGAUAGAGAGAGCCUUCCACGAUCGGAUGCGCAUGAUGACGAAUGGGCAGCACGGUAUGACAGUCCCAUGUCGGAAUGGAAAUUGAACGAGCCGCGAAAAUGGGAUAACCAGCCGAUACAUUUACGUGGACCCUUCAGGAACGAUCGUUUGAAGGAUCUGGAUCUAGAUUCCAAUAAAGGGAAGAGGAGGCCGUUCAAUUUGUCGGAGACGAGAGACGAGUGUCCACCUCAACCUGUGGUAAAGACAGCGGCCAUGCUCAUGAAAGACGAGCCGAUUAACAAGAAACUGAUGGAGUUGGCCGAAGGCCGGCCACGCAGAAGCAGAGAAAAGUCUGCCGAUAGUUUUCAGAAAAGGGCUGCUCAGAGAGCAAAGGAGUCGCUUGACGUAAGGGAACCUUUGUCUUGUAAAGCUCCGGCUCCUUCGAAACCUCCACCUCCAGUUAAGUUACCUGCUCCGGAACCGAAACGACCCGCCUUGGAUGAAUCUUUACCAACGUUGCACACUGAAAGCGAUCUCAGUGACAUUAGCGAUGAUCCUGAUGAUAUCCUCAACAUGGAGGAAGAGGAUAUAGUACAAAAUGGCUCGCAGUCACCAAAGAAACCAGUCGAUGUUUCGGAAAAAGAGUCGCAACCACAAAUAACACACGAAGUCCCUCAGCCCUCUCCUGUUGAACCUGUCGAAGAAACAGUCUUCAACAAGGACAAGGAAAAUGGCGAAGGAGUGGCGUUUAGCAAUAGAAGUGUCGAGGAUGAAAACAUGGAGACUAUGGACUUUGAGGAAAUAUCUGACGGCGAACUCGAAGAAGACAUUAAAACAAGCGGCAAAGGUUUGGGUGAUGCCCUAGGAGUCGACUGGGAGAGCCUCGUCAAGGAAUCUCAACCACGUCGUUCUGCCGUUUAUAAUCAAGACACCGCGCAAGGACGUUGGCAGUGUAAGGCGAUUUUUCAACGAAUUGGGAUUUCUGCUAAAUAUGCAGGUCCGGAGCUUGUGGAGAAAUUAGUAAAAAAAUAUGCGGAUGGUGAUCCAAACAAACUAUUGCUCGACAAUAUUGCCUUCAUGCAUACUGCACUCUUCCGGAAUCGUUUAAUUCACGAUUCUGGUCAUAAUUUCUUGCUUAGCGAAGACUCACUGUAUAGGACUAGUAAUGAAGAAGAUGAUGAUAACGAUGAAAUUUUACAGCCAUGUACGAGUUUAUACGAGGAAGUUAAAACGUUGCUGCAACAAACUGCGUAAUAUUAGGUUGUAGGAAGAUAUAGUUUUUUAUUGCCAUAAUGGGCAUUGUACAAAAUGAGGAUUUUAAUACGUUAAACGCUUGAUUUCUCUCUGCGAAUGAAAUGGUUCAAGAGGAACUAUGUAUACCGAUACGUCUUUAUUAGACUCCUGUUUAAUAAUCUCCAUAUUAAUGGAAAUCAGAAGAGGUCGUAGGAUCAAUUUGGAAAUUCGAUUGGCUCCUAUCCCUAUAAAUAUAAUGUGGUUAAGCCAACUGCACACUCCUACUUAUAAAUAAUUAUUAGGAGAUAGUAUAUUUUACCUGAACUGAGAAGUUUAGUGCUGUGCAGAACUUCAAAGAAAAAUCAAUUUGUUGCUCAUUCGGCGCGUGUAUUAAUUUUUUGUUUCUACAGAAUUUGCAAGGUCUUGACAUUUCAUAGGUAAUUGAUCUUCGAUUAAAAUCAAUUGUAUGAUAUAACUUAUUAAAAAAUGGACAAUUUACGUAAUUAUGCAAUUUUAUGCACAUAUGACUGAAUUUUCGAGAUAUUAGGGAAAAUGAUUAUUAAAAAAAUAUCUCCGAACCAUUCACAAUAAUUCAACUUACCAUCUCCAUUUACUAUCGGUUUAUUAAUUUUUUUCAAACGUGAAUAUUAAUGACCUAUUUUGGCAGCAUUUGUACAGUAUUUUGGAUUGUUCUAUAUUAACGCGAGUUCGCUAUUCAAUAUCAACCUUAUAAUUGUAAUGUUCUUAUACGUACCAUCUUCAAUCGAAACCACUGGAUGUGAAACCUAUUAGUUUUAAAGAGCAUAUGCAAUUAUCAUUUGUAAGAGAACAUUUCCCUACAUUU